GCCAUUUGCCUCAGCGUUUCGCUCUUGGCUGGCUUUUAGGUGCCGAGAGCUGGGCUGCGCGGCUACUUAGGCCUUUCGUGGGGACUGAGCAGGGAAGGGGGAUGGGACUCCCUUUCGUGCCUUGGAACGGGCCGUGACUCCCUAAACGGGCGUGUGCACUGGUCGCCCGCCGGGCCAUGGCCUCUCCGGGCCUUCAGCACCCGCCCUUCGUCCCCGCAGUUCCCGAGGGCGGCGCCCGGUCUGGUGUGCCUUUUUCUCGGAGAGCGGCGGUCAGCCGAGGUCGCCCGGCCAAGGCGGGGCGGAGGCGAGGAGCAGCAGGCCGCCCGGCGCUCGCCUCUCCCAGCGUGGCUGGAACGCAGGGCCCCAUCAUGGCGGCGGCGCCGACCCACCAGACGCAGGUGUCUGUGACUUUCGAUGAUGUGGCCGUGACUUUUACCCGGGAGGAGUGGAGGCAGCUGGACCCGGCUCAGAGGACCCUGUACCAGGAAGUGAUGCUGGAAAACUGCAGGCUCUUGGUGUCUCUGGGGUGUCCUGUUCCCAGACUUGAGCUGAUCUUCCAGCUGGAGCAGGGGCAGAAGCUGUGGACGGUGAAGGAAGACCUCUCCCGCAGCACCUGUCCAGGUAGGAGCCAAGGGAAAAGAUACAGAUUAGAAGAGGAGCCGGAGGUGUUCCAGACACGAAGCUUCCGUGUCUUCAGCGUCUCGUUACCUCCUGGAAUUGAUAUUUGGCAGUAUGUGCACGGAGUGUUACCAACCCAGGAAACUUACCAGAGCCUCGUCGACAAAGGAAAACCCAAGACCACAGAACCUACCACUUGUGAGCCAACCCUCUUUGAGGGAGCCUCUAUCCAGGAACUAAUACAAGGAGGCCCAGCGGACUCCCAGUUGGGACAAACCAAGGAUCAGGAUGGGCCAUUGGAAAUGCAGGAAGGACACUUGGGACCAGGGAUGGACCCCCAGAGGGAGAAGCUUCCUGAGAAAAUGAGUCCUGAACAUGGCAGCUUGGGGACAGCUGGUGGUGUGUGUUCAAGAAUUGUAGAGGAGCUCGUCCCUCCAGGAGGUGCUGUCCAUGACCAUGACUCAUGUGGAUCUGGUAAUGAUCCCAUUAUUCAAGAAGAGGAAAGUAUCUUUAAAUGCAACGAAUGUGGGAAAGUUUUUAACAAGAAACACCUUCUUGCUGGACAUGAAAAGAUUCACUCUGGCGUGAAGCCCUAUGAAUGCACAGAGUGUGGGAAAACCUUUAUUAAGAGCACACACCUCCUCCAGCACCACAUGAUCCACACCGGGGAGAGGCCCUAUGAGUGCACAGAGUGCGGGAAGGCCUUCAACCGCAGGUCCUACCUUACACAACACCAGCGGAUUCACACUGGGGAGAAGCCUUACAAGUGCAGUGAAUGUGGAAAGGCCUUCACCCACCGCUCCAAUUUUGUCUUACAUAAGAGGAGACACACUGGGGAAAAACCCUUCGUUUGCAAAGAAUGUGGGCAAGUCUUCCGACAUAGGCCAGGAUUCCUUCGACAUCACAUCAUCCACAGUGGUGAGAAUCCGUAUGAGUGCUUUGAAUGUGGCAAGGUCUUUAAACACAAGUCAUACCUCGUGUGGCACCAGCAGACUCACACUGGGGAGAAGCCCUAUGAGUGCAGUGAAUGUGGGAAAGCCUUCUGUGAGAGCGCAGCCCUCAUUCACCACUACGUCAUCCACACUGGGGAGAAGCCCUUUGAAUGCCUCGAGUGCGGGAAGGCCUUCAACCACAGAUCAUACCUCAAGAGGCACCAGCGGAUUCACACUGGGGAGAAGCCUUUUGUGUGCACUGAAUGUGGAAGGGCCUUCACCCACUGCUCCACUUUUAUCUUGCAUAAACGGGCCCACACUGGAGAGAAACCUUUUGAGUGCAAAGAAUGUGGGAAAGCCUUUAGCACUAGGAAAGACCUCAUUCGGCACUUCAGCAUCCACACUGGGGAGAAGCCCUUUGAGUGCACGGAGUGUGGGAAGGCCUUCAACCGCAGGUCAGGCCUCACCAGGCACCAGCGGAUUCACAGUGGAGAGAAGCCCUAUGAAUGCUUGGAGUGUGGGAAGUCCUUUUGCUGGAGCACAAACCUCAUUCGACAUGCCAUCAUCCACACCGGAGAGAAGCCUUAUAAGUGCAGUGAAUGUGGAAAGGCCUUCAGUCGCAGCUCAUCCCUCACUCAGCAUCAAAGGAUUCAUACUGGGAGAAACCCUGUCAGUGUGACAGAUGUGGGAAGAACCUUCACCAGUGGGCAAACCUCAGUCACCCUCCGAGAACUCCUGUUGGGGAAAGACUUUUUGAAUGUAAACACCGAGGAAAAUCUUUUGCAGGAGAAAACACCUACCAUGACAUCUGAUCGUACAUACCAAAGAGAAAUCCCACAAGUAUCUUCUCUGUGAGAAAACCUGUCACGGAUCAUCAGUAGUUGUGUAAAGACGCAUUGUAGAAAUUGACCCAGCCUAGAGCCUUACUCUACAUCUGAGAGUUCAUCUGUGAGGGAGAGACCAGUGUUUAUUGUGCACUAAGGAAAACUUUAGCUACGUUUUUCCCUUAGUUUACACUGCAGUGUUAUCUCAGGAAUUUUUAUAAAAAGAAGGUGGAAACUUAGAUGAAAAAAUGAAAUGCAAACACAGUUUCUUUGAGACUUCUCUGUCAAGGUUAUGGCACUUUGUCAUGGAUCCCUUAGUUUACUUGGGGUGAGGGGAAUGUUAUUUCACAGGCAAAGGGCCUUGACCCUUUAUGUGUCUUAUAUAUACAUUCAUUGCUGUCCAGUAUUGGGAGAGUUAGACACUUGAGGACAGGUAUUUAAGUAGAUAAAGAUACACAUAUGACACACGGGCACGUUUUAUUGCACCAGUUAAGACUGUUUCAGGCUUUGGUUUUUUAAAAAAACAAAUGGUUCUUUUGGUGGUUUUGAACACCAGACAUUCAGACUUUUUAUUGAUUCAAUCUGUUUACUUAAUUUCUGUAGCUAUACGGUAAAUCUUAAAAUUCGGUAAAGUGAAUACUUUCUUUCAUUAUUUAAAUUAACUUAGCUUUCCUAGUUCCUUGGACUUUCCAUAUAAAUCUUAGGAUGCAAAAAAACCUUGCUCACGUAUUUAUAGAAAUUGAUUUAAACCUGUAGAGCAGUUUGUUUAAAAGCAACACCAUGAACACAGUACGUGGUAUGGCAUUUCAUGUAUCUAAGUAAUUCUUGAUAUUUCAUUACCUUUUUAUAAUAUUGAACAAUACAGGUUUUGUAUAUUUUUGUUAGGAUUUAUGUCUAGGUUGUUGGUUUGUUUUUUUUUUUUAGUGAUUUGUAAAUGGCUUUUUUUUUUUUUUUUUUUUGGCCUCAGGGCUUGUGGGAUCUUAGUUCUCCCACCAGGGAUCAAACCCAGGCCCCCUACAGUGAAAGCAAGGAGUCCUAACCACUGGACUGCCAGGGAAUUCCCUAUUGGCAUUGUUUUAAACUUUCAUUUCCACAUGAUCUUUAGUAGCAUACAGAAAGAUAAUUGUUCUGGGGGGUGGUAUUUUAGUAUCUUGCAGCCUUGGCUGAACUCAGUUAUUUCUAGACAUUUCUUUGGAUAGAAUCCUUGGUAUUUUCUGCAUAGAACCGUCAACUGCAAAUAGUUUUUUUUUUUUUUAAUUUUUAAUUAAUUAAUUUAUUUUUGUCUGUGUUGGGUCUUUGUUUCUGUGCGAGGGCUUUCUCCAGUUGCGGCGAGCGGGGGCCACUCUUCAUCGUGGUGCGCGGGCCUCUCUUGUUGCGGAGCACAGGCUCCAGACGCGCAGGCUCAGUAGUUGUGGCUCACGGGCCCAAUUGCUCCGUGGCAUGUGGGAUCUUCCUGGACCAGGGCUCGAACCCGCGUCCCCUGCAUAGGCAGGCAGACUCUGAACCACUGCGCCACCAGGGAAGCCCCUGCAAAUAGUUUUCUUUCUUCCUAUUUGUAUACGUAUUAUUUCCUUUUUUUAUGCACUUAGCUAGGACUCCCAGUAUGAUGUUGAGUAAGAGUAGUAAGAGAGGACAUCCUUGACUGGUUUCUGAUAUUAGGGGGAAAAUGGUCAGUUUUUCAUCAAGUACAAUGUUAGUUGUAAGUUUUUUUUUUCCAUAGAGUUUUCCUGUCAAGUCUAGAAAAUUUCCGUCUGUUAAUUUGCUGAGAUUUUUGUUGUCAUGAAUGAGUGUUGGAUUUUGUCAGAUGCUUUAGCUCCGUCAGUUAAUGUGAUCAUCUGGUUUUUCUUCUUUAGCCUAUUGGUAUAGUGUAUUACAUUGAGUUUUGAAUAUUGAACCAGUCUUGCAUCUUUGGAAUAAACCCCACUUGGUUGUGGAGUAUAAAUUUUUUAAUAUAUAUUAAAACAUUCCAUUUGAUUAUAUUUUUUUGAGCAGGUUUUCCUAUAAUCUUUUGAUUGAUGAUAUGUAGUUGUCAUUCUUUGUUUGCUUGUUUUUAACUAUUGUCAUUGUCUGGUUUUGGUGUUGAGGUGAUAGUGGCUUCCCAAGUUCUAUUUUUUAGGAAGACAGUGUAAUUGAUUUUUUUUUUUUUUUAAUGUAUAGAGCUUGACCUUUUUUUUUAAUAACUACUUUAUUUAUUUAUUUAUUUAUUUUUGGCUGUGUUGGGUCUUCGUUUCGUGCGAGGGCUUUCUCUAGUUGCGGCAAGCAGGGGCCACUCUUCAUUGCGGUGCAUGGGCCUUUCACUGUCGCGGCCCCUCCCGUUGUGGGGCACAGGCUCCAGACGCGCAGGCUCAGUAGUUGUGGCUCACGGGCCCAGUUGCUCUGCGGCAUGUGGGAUCUUCCCAGACCAGGGCUUGAACCCGUGUCCCCUGCAUUAGCAGGCAGAUUCUCAACCACUGCGCCACCAGGGAAUCCUCUGUGUAAUUGUUUUUAAUUGUUGUUUUAAUGUUUCAUAACAUCCUCCAGUGAACCAUUUGAGCCUGGAGAUUUUCUGGAUACUUUUUAGUUACAUAUUAUUUUAUUUGAUAAGUAUGGAACUAUUCAGAGUAUCUGUUUUCAUAUUGGAUAAAUUGGAUAGUUGGUCCUCUUCAAGGAAAUGUUUGAUUUUAUCUAACUUUUCUUAUUUGGAGACUUGUUGGGAGUAUUCCCUUAUUAUGUUUUUAAUGGCAACAGGGUCUGUACUUAUAUCCUAUUUUAUUCCUGAUUUUGGAAAUAUGUCACCUUUCUUUUUAAUCAUUGUCAAUCUUAGACAUUUACCAGUUUUACUGAUCAUUUUGAAGAACCAGCACUUUAUUGAUUUUUCUCUAUUGCCUUUCUGGGUGUUUUUUUGUUUGUUUGGUUUUUUUUUUUUGGUCGCACCAUGCAGCAUGCAGGAUCUUAGUUCCCCGACCAGGGAUUGAACCUUUGCCCCCUGCAUUGAGAGCACAGAGUCUUAACCACUGGCCUGCCAGGGAAGUCCCUUUACCUUUCUGUUCCUAAUUUCACUGAUUUCGGAUCUUUAUGAUAUCGUAUCUUCUACUUUGCUUUGGUUGUAUUUUGCUCUUUUUAUUUUUUGAGGGGUGCGGAGAUUAUUGAUCUGAAACUUUUUUUUCUUUUCUAACGGAUCAUUAAGUAUUUUAAAGUUCCUUCAACACUGUUCCAGCUUUAUCCCACAAGUUUUCAUUACAAUUUAUUCAGUUCUAAAUAUUCCUUGAUUCCCUUAGAGACUUCCUCUGUCACCCAUGUAUUAUUUAGAAGUAUAUUGUUUCAUUUCCUACUGUUUGGAGCAUUUUCUGGUAUCUUUUUGUUACUGAUUUCUUAUUUGUUUCAUGUUUGGUUUGACUGUUUAAAUUUGUUGAAGUUUGUUUUAUGACCCAGGGUGUGGUAUAUCUUGUUCUAUAAGGCUUCUCAAAACGAAUGCGUAUUCUGCUGUCACUGGGUGAACUUUCUAUAAAUUUCUGCACAAUCCCCUUGGUUGGGGUUAUUGCUCAGAUUUUUUACAUCCUUGCUGACUUUCUGUGUAGUAUUUCUGUCAGUUGCAGAGAGAGGGAUGAUGAAGUCCUGAAGUAUAAUUGAGAAAUUGUCUAUUCCUUACAAGUUCUGUAAGUUUCUGCUUCAUGUAUUUCAAAGUUCUGUUGUUUGGUGCAUACACAUAUAGGAUUGCUAUGUCAUCUUGGUGUAUUGACCCUUUAAUCAUAAUAAAAGGGUUCAUUUUCUUGCCUUUGAAGCAUACUUUAUCUGAUAUUAGUAUAGUCACUACUGCAUUCUUUUAUUAAUGUUUGUAGUUUAUAUUUUUCCAUAAUUUUAUUUUUAACAUUAUCUACAUCAUUAUAUUUGAUGUAAGUUUCUUGUGACAGCAUGUAGUUGGGGUCAUACUUUUUUUUUUAUCCAUUUUGCCACUUUUAAUUCGUAGGUUUAGAUCAUCUAAAUUUAAAAUAAUUAUUGAUAUGUUAGAGCUUAACUGUACCAUUUUAUUAAUCUUUUUUUUUGUGUUCCCUUUGUAUUAUUCCUCUUGUUUUCCAGUUUUUAUUAUUUGGGUUCCCCACACCCUGUUUCCUGUGGGUUAUUUUAACAUUUUUUAGAAUUCUAUUUGAUAACGUCUGUAAUGUUUUUGAGUAUAUACCUUAAUUUUCUUUACGUAUUAUGUAUACAUAACUUAUCACAGACUGUUACCAGCAUUUUAGCACUUUGAUGUAUAGAAACCUUGAUUCCAUUAGGUUCACCUACAUUCCCUACUCUUAAUAUAAUUGUUGUAAGUAUUUUCUCAUUGUAUACUGAGAACUAUAUUGGAUAUUGUAAUUUUUGCCUCAACUAAGUGUUGUUUUUUUUUUUUUCUACAAAAUUCAUGAGAAGCAUAGUCUGUUUACCUCUACUUUUACCAUUCCAUUGUUGUUUCUCCAUUCUUGAAGUCCCAAGUCAUCUGUUAACAUUUCCAUUCUGUUUGGCAAAUUUCCUGUGGCCUUUUUUCUAGGGUAUGUCUGCUGUUAACAAAUGUUUUUUCUUUCUUCAUCUAAAAAUGUCUUUAUGUUCACUUCAUUCCUGAAGGAUAUUUUUGUGGGACAUAAGACUUGGGGUCCACAGUUCUUUUAGGACAAAAGAAAACAUGUCUGUUUUUUCUUCUGUCCAUCUCCUUUUUUCCAACAUGGUUUCAGAUGAGAAACCUGCCUUUCAACCCAUUGUUCCUCUAUUUGAAAGCCAUCCUUUCCAUCAACUGCUUUCAAAGUGUUUUUUAUUAUAAUAUUCAGCAGUUUAUGAUGAGUCCUGGCAUAGAAUUUUUAGGGUUAAUCCUGUUUGGUGUUUUCUCAGCUUUUUGAAUCAUGUGGUGUAUGCCCUUUGCCAAAUUUGGGAGAUUUUUAGUUAUUUUUCAAAUAUUUUUUCAACCCCACGCUUUUUCUCCUCUCAGGGACUCCAGUAAUGUGAAUGAUAAUUCUCACAUUCUUGUUCCGUAGGACCCUCAGGCUCCCAUCUUUUUGUUUCCACCAGUCUGUUCUUCUCUGUUCCUCACAUUGAUUAAUUUCCGUUGAUGUCUCUUUGAGCUCACUGGUUUCUUUCUGUCUCGUAUAUAAUCUACUAUUGAGCUCACCCAGUGAGUUUUCAUUUUGGUUCUUGAAUUUUCCAGUUGUUUGAUUUCCAUUUGGUUCUUUUAUACAUCUUCUGUAUUUUUGCCUAGCUUAUAAUGCCAAAGGACUCUGAGAAAACAGGCCAAACUGUAUAGUCCAAAGUCAUGGUUCUCUGGUGGUUUAUCUUGAUGUUGGGAUAGAAAUCCUAAAUUAACUGGAGAAAUGAAAAGCCUGGUAUCCACAAGAAUUUCUGAGAACAGAUCUUACAGCUGAGACCUGUAGAUUGUUCAGAGUUGUGUUUAAGGUGCCUGGAUUCUCCGUGAAUCCUACUGUCUUCUGCCUUGUUGCCCAAGCCAGACACACUUUGCAGCCAUUUUUUCAUCAUCACCCACAUCCAGCCACUGUCCCAUUCUGUUCUUUUUUUCCUAGUAGACACUCAGUAUAUGUGUGUUCUAGUGAAUGGCUACAUGCAGCAGGGAAUUUAUAAUGUUUGGCUCCCUCACAGUGUUUACACAAAGCUGUGUAUAUAGUUGGCACCGUAUAGAACAUACGUUGACCUUGAAGAAAAUCUACACAGGCUUUUCUGGCCAGAUCGUAGUCAUAAUGAAUGAUUGUUUGGGGUCAUCAAAGACCACCCUCAGUUUCAGUGAAUUGCUGACUCAGUACUCAGCAUAUUGUUACACUCAACAGCUGUGCUUUAUUACACCAAAACGGUGCAAAGCAAACUCAGCCAAGGGAAAAGGCACAAGGACUGAAGUCCAGAGGAAACCAGGGACAAUCUGCAAUGGUCCUGUCUCAGGGAAGUCACAACAGGAUGGGCCUAAUUUAAGCUCCAUCAAGGAGUUAACAGCAAUAGAUUGAAAUGUCUACUGGGGAAGCUACUUGGAGACCCAGUGCCCAGGGUUUCUUGGGGACACUCCAGCACAUACCAAAUUCUAGACCUCUAGAAGGAUAGAUCGAUCUUCGGCAUUAAGCCACACAGGUAAACAAAAAAACUUGGGCACACUGAGCCACUCGUCAUUUGUGGGAAUAAUGGGAAAUCUCCCGAAAUCGAAGGUCCCAAACCCCAGCCCUUGCAGAGGUGAACCUUGCAAGCUCAAGAGAAUAGCAGUCUCAGGCCUGCUGUGUUAUGUCUUCAUAGUGACUUAAAUGGUACUAAGAUGCCAAUUAAUUCAGACUUCUGUAACAAACAUUAAGCAAAUACAGUUUCCUACGACAAAAAGUGAGUCGUAACUCUGAGGUGAAAUUGUUUAAAAAAAAAAAAAAAUCAGCCAAAGUAGAACUUAACUAGCCAGGAUUUAGUUUAGUGAUGACAAAAUACAGAGGCAGUAUGGUGACAAAGGACCUUAUCUCUUCCCAAUAUUAAUAUAUGUAUGUAUAUGUGUGUGUAUGUAUGUACACCACUUGAGGCCAUAUAUAUGUAUAUAAAUGUGUAUAGACCUAAUAUAUUUGUAUUUCUGUGUGUAUAUAUAUACAGAUACAUGGCUUCAAGUGGUCUGACUUGCAAAUACACCCACUGCUUGCUUACCCUUAUCUAUAAAGAUGUAAAUGCCAGAUCAAGGCUGUGUGUUCCUGUAGCACGUAAGUCAACAGUUUCUUGUCUCUUUGUUCCUGCUCUUGAUGCUGUUUGUCUCUGUCUUCAACAAAGAAAUAAGGAAUAUGUGCAUCAUUCAGUGCACCUGACAAGAUUUAAUUAAAGACUUCACUUCAG